UCUUAAAAAUUCAGUCUCGCUUGACCAUGCAGAGCGCCAAAGGAAUUGAGAACCCGGCUUUCGUCCCUUCCAGCCCGGACACCCCACGCCGUGCGUCUGCUUCUCCCUCCCAGGUGGAGGUCUCUGCUGUGACCUCCAGGAAUCAGAAUGGGGAUCCUCAGCCUCGGGAAUCUGAGGAGCCCCAGAAGUCGUCUGAGCCAUCUCUGCCUUCUUCAACUUCUCCAGCUUCGGAUGAGCCGCCGGGGUCACAGCUAUGCGAACUAGAGGAGGGACCUUGCGGGUGGAGGGACUUCCACCCCAGGUGUCUCCAGCUCUGCAACACUCCCCAAGGCUUUCUGCUUCACUACUGCCUCUUGGCCCUCACGCAAGGUGUUGUUGUCAAUGGCCUAGUAAACAUUAGCAUUUCCACCAUCGAGAUGCGCUAUGAAAUGAAGAGCUCACUGACCGGUUUGAUAUCAUCCAGUUACGAUAUCUCCUUCUGUGUUUUGUCUUUAUUUGUAUCGUUCUUCGGUGAGAGAGGACACAAACCUCGCUGGCUUGCAUUUGCAUCUUUCAUGAUAGGACUGGGAGCUCUGGUCUUUUCCUUGCCACACUUUUUCAGUGGAAAAUAUGAAUUGGGAUCCGUCUUUGAAGAUACUUGCUUAGCAGCAAGGAAUGACACCGGAUGUGAGUCCUCCACCUCUUUGCUAUCUAACUACUUGUAUGUCUUUGUCCUGGGACAACUGUUGCUUGGGACUGGAGGAACUCCACUCUACACCCUGGGAACGGCCUUUAUUGAUGACUCUGUGCCCACACACAAAUCUUCUCUGUAUAUAGGAAUUGGAUACUCUAUGUCAAUCUUAGGUCCUGCCAUUGGCUAUGUGUUGGGUGGACAGCUGUUGACAAUGUACAUUGAUGUUGAAAUGGGACAAAGUUCUGAUGUCACUGAGGAUGAUCCACGGUGGUUGGGUGCUUGGUGGAUUGGAUUUCUUUUAGCUUGGAUCUUUGCUUGGUCUUUGAUAAUACCUUUCUCCUGUUUUCCAAAACAUUUACCAGGAACAGCAAAAAUUCAAGCUGGCAAAAUUUCCCAGACUCAUCAGCAUAGUAGUACUUCCUUCCAACAUACAGAUGAAAAUUUUGGAAAAAGUAUUAAAGAUUUUCCAACUGCUGUGAAGAAUUUGUUGAGGAAUACUGUGUUUAUAUGUUUAGUUCUAUCCACUACUUCUGAAGCACUAGUUACUACAGGAUUUGCAACGUUUUUACCCAAAUUUAUAGAAAAUCAGUUUGGAAUGACAUCCAGCUUUGCAGCUAUCCUUGGAGGAGCUGUUUUAAUCCCUGGAGCUGCUCUUGGUCAAAUCUUAGGUGGUGUUCUUGUUUCAAAGUUCAAAAUGAAGUGUAAAAAUACGAUGAAGUUUGCGUUGUUUACAUCUGGAGUAGCACUUGUGCUGAGUUUUGUAUUUAUUUAUGCAAAAUGUGAAAAUGAGCCAUUUGCUGGUGUUUCUGAAUCAUAUAAUGGAACAGGAGAACUGGGGAAUUUGAUUGCUCCCUGUAAUGCCAAUUGCAGCUGUUUGCGGUCCUACUAUUACCCCCUCUGCGGAAGUGAUGGGAUCCAGUACUUUUCUCCCUGCUUUGCAGGCUGUUUAACCUCGGUUCCAAACAGGAAACCAAAGGUAUAUUACAAUUGUUCCUGUAUUGAAAGGAAAGUAGAGAUCACAUCUACUGCAGAAAGCACCGAUUUUGAAGCUAAAGCUGGAAAAUGCGAAACUCGGUGCACAAACUUGCCCGUAUUUCUUAGUAUUUUCUUCAUUAUUGUUGUCUUUACCUUUAUGGCAGGUACUCCGAUAACUGUGUCUAUAUUAAGGUGUGUCAAUCACAGACAGCGGUCUCUAGCAUUAGGGGUACAGUUCAUGGUACUGCGAUUGUUAGGCACAAUACCUGGACCAAUUAUAUUUGGUGUCACAAUAGACAGCACAUGUGUUCUGUGGGAUGUCAAUGAAUGUGGAAUAAAAGGAGCUUGUUGGAUUUAUGAUAACAUCAGGAUGGCCCAUAUGCUGGUAGCCAUAAGUGUUACUUGUAAAAUUGUAACCAUGUUCUUCAAUGGACUUGCAGUUGUCCUCUAUAAACCACCACCGCCAGGCACAGAGGUGUCGUUUCAGAGUCAGAAUGUAAUUGUGUCUACUAUUUCGAUAGAAGAGGACUUCAACAAAGCAGAAAAUGAAGAAUGAAAAAGGAAAAGAGGUUGUAAGAACACACCAUGCCAAGGCACCAUUGUCUAGUCUGUGUAGACCACCACUUAAAAACCCGUGUUCUACAAUUGAGGGUGUUUGUUUCCUAGGUACAGAUUCCUAUUUUUGUUAUAAUGCAGACAAACAAAACAAAACAAACAAAAAACCCAGGCCCGUGCCUUUCAAGUUCACCAAAAGCCACAAACCACACCAAUUCUUAUUUGCUCCCAUUUUCUAGCUGUGAAGUCAUCAAGGAGUAACAAGAAUAUUGACCAGCAACCAGUAAUUGAAAGUUUACACUAAAAAAAAUAUAUGUGCACAAACUCAAAACAUCAGUUUUUGUUUGUUUUGGUUUUUGUAAGACAGGGCCUCACAUAUCCCCAGAUGCCCAGGAACUCAGGUAGCCAAAGAUGACCUUUGAUCCCUGAUCCUCUUGGCACUACAUCUCAAGUAUUGGGGUCAC